AUGGCCGUCGAACAAGAAACUCAGCAGCAAAUCGAGCUCUACCGGAAAUAUGGACUGCUCCCGUGGCCGCAUUUCUUCGACGACCGAGCCAAACAAGGAUACGACCGGCCAUACGCAUAUAUGGCACGCUCGCCAAACCCGCAAGACGGGUUCCGCGAGAUCAGCUACUCCUGCCUGGCCAACGCCAUCAAUCGCGUGUCGUGGUGGCUGACGCAGGAGCUGGCUGAUGUGCUGGGGGAAGGGCAGGUGUUCGCCUACCUGGGGCCGAGUGACUUGAGAUAUCUGAUGUUCACCGUCGCUGCGAUGAAGACAGGCAGAAUAAUGUUGACCCCUUCGAUAAGAAACACAGUCGAAGCCCAGAAGCAGCUGUUCCAGCGCGUCGACUGCAAACUAGUUGUCUACGCCAGUGCGCUGGAAAAGAGCCUCCAGCCGCUGUUCGAUUCGAUGCCAGAUCUAACGAAGAGGGUCGCUCCAGAUCUCGACACCCUCUUGGACGACAGCGUCACUGCUCCGCAUUACGUCUGUCGAACCGUUGAUGAAAAACAUCUCCAUGACCCAAUCCUCCUGUUUCACACGUCUGGGUCGUCAGGAAACCCUAAACCCAUCGUGUACACCCCUGCAGUGAUUCGCAGUUUUUCCAGCCAUGAACUGGCCCCGACCGAUGGGAAAGAAUCGAGCAUCAUACUAGCGCUGCGACGUCAGAUCAAUCUAUUCCUUCUUCCGCCGUUUCAUGCCGCCGGUUUCUUUGUCUCCCUCCUUUCACCCUACUUCGACGGCGUCACCGUCCUCCCUCAUCCAUCUGUGCCACCUACGGCAGAGCACAACACCGCUCUCUUGCAGCAAAAUCUUGCGACGUCCCUGUUCUCGCCGCCCUCCUUGCUGAGCGACAUGGCCAAGAAACCGGACAGCAUCGAUCUGCUGUCCAAGCUGGAGCAUGUCUGCUACGUCGGCGGACCUCUCCCCGAACAUGCGGGCAAAAUCCUUGCCCCCCGGCUCAAACACCUCUGGAGCCUCAUCGGCGCGACAGAGUACGGGUUUUUCCACACUCUCGCGGGCGACAGCAGCCAAUGGGCCUACAUCCAGUUCAACCCCCAUGUUGGGUACCGCUUCGACGAGGUCUCACCAGGACACUACGAGAUGGUUAUCCCCAAAAACCCCGCCACGAACCAUUUCCAUGGCACGGUGUACACAUUCCCAGAUCUGGACGAGUACAGGACGAGGGAUCUCUACACCGUGGUCCCGGGACAGACUGGCUGGCUGCGAUACGAGGGGCGACGUGACGACCUCAUCGUUCUAUCGAACGGCGAGAAGAUCAACCCUGUCCCUCUCGAGGGAAUUAUUAGCAGCCAUCCGGCUGUGAAAGGAGCGGUCAUUGUAGGAGAGUACCGAUUCCUGCCGUGUCUUCUGGUUGAACUGAAGGAAGGCUAUGCUGCCACGACGCCGGAGGAGCGGCAGCAAAUGCUGGACUCGCUCUGGCCGGUCAUCAACAAGGCCAACAUGCAGGCGCCGCGUUUUUCGCGCAUCUCCAAAGCUCUCGUCUACAUCUUGUCGCCGACGGAGGCGUUCAGCAGAGCGUCCAAGGGGACCAUCCAGCGACAGGCCAGCGUCCGCAAGUUUGCGAAACAGGUUGAAGAGCUGUAUUCCGCGGCAGAGCAAGGCCUGCUGGUGGAAGGGCUAGAGGUGGCUGAUCCGAAGGAUAUUGCUUCGAUUCGCGAGCUGGUCAGGAAGCUCUAUCUCCAGGUGCUCGACAGGGGGGAGCUUGCCGACGACGAGGACGUCUUUGAACUGGGCAUGGACUCGCUUCAGGUUGCGAUUGCGGUGCAGAAGCUCAGAGCUGCACUGCGGGCACGAGAAGUCGAGGUGGACUACGAAAGAAUUACCCCGCAGCUCUUCUAUUCUUCCCCGACUAUUAACAAGCUUGCCCACUCGCUUGACGUCGUCGUCAAUGGACACCAGACCAACGGCACGGCCAUCAAUGGAACGGGCGGUCGACGUGCUCGUCUACAGGAAAUUCUGGACCGGUACCUUGCUGGCCUGAGUGACCAAGCGAUCCAGUCCAAAGAGAAAGAAAGCGGCAAUCCAGUCGUGAUCCUUACCGGCUCGACGGGAUCUCUUGGAAGCUACUUGCUCGCCACGCUCCUCUCCUCGCCGAAAGUGUCCAAAGUCAUCUGUCUCAACCGAUCAUCCGACGCAGAGACGCGCCAGAAAGCAAGCUUUAAACAGAGGGGCCUAGACACAUCAUGGGACGAUCAGCGAGUCGAGUUUCUGACAGCCGAUCUCUCCAAGCCAGACCUGGGUCUGGACAGCGAGACAUACACGCGCCUCGUCUCCUCAGCGGGCGCGCUGAUCCACAACGCCUGGAAAGUCGACUUCAACCACACGAUCGAGACGUUCGAGAAGAGCAACAUCGCCGGCGUGCGGCAUCUGAUCGACUUCAGCGGGAAAUGCAAGUACCAGACGCCCAUCAUGUUCGUGUCGAGCAUCUCAUCGUGUCUCAACUGGAUAACCGCGCAUCCUGACAAGCUCGUUCCUGAGGAAAUCAUCGACGACCUCGAAGCGCCGGAGAUGAUGGGGUACGGGGAGUCGAAGUACGUCGGGGAGAGGUUGCUGGAGGCGUUUACGAAAGCGUCGGGCAUCCCCACUGCGGUGCUCCGAGUCGGCCAGAUCGCCGGCCCGGUGCUGUCUGCUGCCGGCAGUUGGAAUGUCCGGGAGUGGUUCCCCAGCUUGGUCGCUAGUUCCAAGUAUCUGGGACAGUUGCCGACGUCGCUGGGGACCAUGGGCACGAUCAGCUGGAUCCCGGUCGACGUGCUGGCGGUGAUUAUCGUGCAGCUGCUCGAAGUCCUGAUCGAGAAGAAAGAUACAGAAGCUGCUACUGCUGCUCCGGCAGUAUACAACCUCGUCAACCCGAAAGUAACAGAGUGGUCGACGCUUCUGCCCACGGUGCAAGAGCAGCUCGGCGGACCAAGCAAGAUACGCACCGUCCCGCUGAAAGACUGGACGGAGGCACUCGAGCGAAGCGCGGGCGACAAUCACGGCUACGUGGUAGCCGAGAACCCAGGCGUCAAGCUACUGGAGUUCUUCAAGCUGAUGGAAAGGGGGGAGACUCGCGACGAGAUGAGGCUGGAAUAUGAAGUGACUCGCCUGACGAGAGACAGCCCCGAAGCGUCGAAGCUGCAGGCCGUAUCGCCGGAUUGGAUCAAGAUUUGGAUGCGGCAGUGGGAUUUCUAG